CAGAUUAAAAAAAAUGCCUCAAAAGUAGAUAAACAUGUACUGUUAAGUUAUUUAUUAUUGUUCAACAAACGCCUUGAAUUUGAUUUUUUUAAUCUCCAUCCAAAAUUCCCACGUGCAAGAGCCAAGCCAACUCCUUGAAAAUUUGUAGCAUUUGCAUAUUACCACAGAGAUAAACCUAACCUCAAAUCACUGUCUUAAAUUAAAAAGCCUAAGAUUCAGUGCUUUGAAAUACAUUAUCUUAACGUUCUGCUGACAUAGUAUAGAAGCGUCGGCAGCGUUUGCUUUCUAGGUUUCUAGGCUCGUUGCGGGCUCAUAAUUUACUAGACUUGUUACGAUAAUGCACCGCAGGCUAUGAAACAUGGAUCAUGCAUCAUUCUUCUCUGAAGCAACCUUAAUUGAAAUAGGUGUAUAUACCAUACUAUGGGGAAUAGACCUUUUCACGGUUUAUGAUGCCAUCUUGGCUGGGGGGCAAAACACAGCUAAAAUAACAGUGAAUGUAUGGGAUUUUGGCCCACUUGAACUGCUAUAACAUUGCUAGAAAGAGGCAGAUUUUGACAGUGAAAUGAAUUCUAAGACAUUUGUACUGAGAUUAUUUUCAUGAAAUAUAAAGAAGAGAUUCAGGUUAUAACGACCGUAAGCAAAUUUUUAAGAUUUCAUACAAACCCUCCUAAUCAACAUUAUGCAAAUUACCAUGAAAUUGGAAACCACAAGAGAAGAUUUAUAAUUCGAAUUUAUGGACAUUGUAAAAUCUUUACAGUGUGAUCACACGAACUGAGGCCACCCAGACAACAGUUGGAGACAAAUUUUGAAACUAGCCAAUUUCAAAAAUACAUUGUGAACCAUUUUUCUCAGGCAUAUAAAAAUAAGGAAUCGUGAUGUUUGUGUAACUAAAUCAAGCUGAUUAAUGUUUUGACAUCAUCUGGGUUGGCCGAAAUCAAAGCCAGCAGCAAAGAAAUUUUGAACUAUGUGAACUUUAGGUGACGGCCACUGAUUUCACAACAAGCUGUGCUCAGUGCCAAGUAAAUUGCAAAGUCGGUGAUUAUAAAGAUAUGGGGCAGGUUAGUGCAAACUACAACGCAAUGCAUUCACCCAGCUUAGCCUGCAAAAACAAAACUGAGAAUGACUCUAGACUGCUCAAGAAUAGCGAAGGAAAUCGCCAUGUUUAGUGGAAUUUUUGUUGAGGGAAGGAGGCAGACAUUGCUUUAUUCUUGCAAGUGACAAAAAUGAGAAAGAUCAGAAAAAAUCUUUGAAGCAAACUAGUUGAUGAUUGCCCCAAACUGGGUAACCCCCCAAAAAAACAGAAACAAACUAAUCGAUUGAAAUCCACCAAUCACAAACCAUGACCUUUUGAAUUCGUUCAAGUUAACAUCUGUUUCCUAGGGGGUCGGUUAAAAUGAUUGACGGGGCAGAAAAACCCACAAUUCCUUAGAACAAUAACAACAAUCUUUGGUGAGCAGCUGUUGCCUUUCUAUAGUUCGGACUGUUCAAAAUUUCUUUACUGCUGGCUUUGAUUGCGGCCAACCCAGAAGUUGUCAAAACAUUUUUCACCUUGAUUUAGUCACACAGACGUUCAUGUGGUUGCACUGUAAUAGCCUUAUUUUCUGUAGAAUAAAUGAUAUCAAUAAAACUAUUUAAAGAAGUGGCAAAUGUUGGAAAUCCACCUCUUUGUAGCAGCGUUAUAGCGGUUCCAAGUGGGCCAUACUUUCACUGUAAUUUUAGCCGUGUUCGCCCCCCAGCCAAGAUGGCGUCAUAAACUGUGAAAAGGUCUAUUGGCCAUUGUUUCGGAAGACAAUAAGGUGGAUACAUAAUUAAUGAGACAGGAUGCAUAAUUAAUAUAUGGGGUUCUACAGAAAUUUUUCCAAUAAUUGUCCUCGUAGCACACGGCAUCAAGCGUUUAUAUUUCGAGCCAUAGGUCCCCGUUAUUGCCCUUUUUUUCGUACAGAAAACUGUUAAAAUUAUUUUAGUUUCAUGUAUCAGUUGUAAGGUUAUUAAAGUUCACGUUUAAAAUUUGAGUUAGAGUUAAAAUUACUGCUUACCAAAAAAAUGUCCACUUCUCAACUGAAUAGAAAAUGCCCUGCUUCCAAACGGCUUAAAGAUUCAGAACUUUUACAACAAGUCAUUACUUAUCUUCGUUGCCUUGAUAAUCAGCGGCCAUGUUGGAUUUAGUGGUUACCCAGACUCCUCUCAAUUAAAAUUUUGCUGAUAGGGGAUGGGUAGGGAGAAUAACGUACGAGAGGGGUUUGCGGAAGAAUCAAAGAAGAAGGCAUGAAAGGCACUUAUUUUCUUUUGACCCUGCUAUCCGGACCAAAAAUUUCCGCAAACUACUAUAUUUUUCCUUGCUUUUAGUUCAAACUGCUGGCACAAGAAGAGGCAUGUCCGUAUAUUGCGAAGCUUCACCCCUGUCAGGAGAUUCUAGCUUACAAACUAGAAAGGAUCAGCUUUGUUGGAGAGCUUACUUCGUUUAAUACCAAUUCAACUAUAAAUGGGCAGCUCUUUGCAAAAGGAGAAAAAAAAUUCUCGUUACGCCGUUUACGCUUUUUUUCAAUCUGUUUGUUGAAUGGUGUCCUGCAUUUAGGAUUAUAUUCCGCCGUUCAAAGCAAACGAAAAGUAGCCUGCGUAGCAGACGCUUGGAAGUAGUAAAGCCCUCGACUGAAGCCCUUCCUCCCCCACCAUCCCCACCUUUUGAGGACUUUUUAGUGGUUGAUUAAGACACAGUAAAAUCCCAAGACUAAGAACCUGACCUGCAUUUUCCCAAGUUAGCCUAAACAAAUUCUUACAUAAAUGGAAAUUAGCACAAAUUUAGACUAUUUUGGUUGUUAAAUAAGUUCUUAUUAUUCUUAAGUUGUAGCUAAGAGCACUUAGUGGCCUUCACCUCAUUCGUUAGCAUUCCUUAACUUGCAUACCAUUACAAUUGCAGUUGGAGAACUAAGGCACCUACAUCUCUAUAGGGAUCCUGAAUGUUGCCUGUCUUAUUUGCCAAGUGUACAGAAUUUGUUUUUAGAUUUUAGAAAAUAAGAACCUGUUUCAAACUUUAGGCUUAACAGUGACUUAACAGGGUCUUGUACAGAGGAAGCCUAACUGGCAAAUUUUAGCCUGACAGGUUCUUAAAAACCAGAUUUUUAGUCGCGGGUGUUUACUGUACACAGUAACUGUUUUUUUUUUUUUAUCAUGGUCUAAUGGGAAAUUGUGGUUCACCAAAUUUCAUCUCAUUCAGACUGAUAAGUUUAUUAUUAACAGAAUUUGUUAAAUAAGUGCUUCUAUGUGGAUCACUUUUUGUCGUCAUUGCUGUCAUUAGAGACUGUCACUUAUUGAGAGACCUCCAGAGUAGUCGUUAGGAGACUAGGAACAUCGUUGACUGAAAAAGCCAUAAAGUCAUAAAGCUGUUAAAUGUAGCCUGCGAAAGGCAGGCGUUUCUCCUCGCUUAACGUCGCUGAAAGACUAUGUUAAAUGCAACUGCUAAGAAUCACAUAAAUUAAUUUUUAAUGAGAAGGCCAGACUGAACAAGUGGCUGAACUAAUCGCCAAGAAUCUGCAAAAUGUCGCUGAUAACCCCGGUGCCCGCGGGAGGGCUUGCCCGCAGGCUAAAAAAUAGUGUCCUGCAAGCAAGCUCUCCAUAUUUUGGGAAUUAUGAGACGGGGAAAUCGUGCCUUAAUCUCGCGCUGCUCAAUCGCGCGUGAUUCUCGUCAUUUCAUAAUUUCUCUAAGAAGAGGAGAUUUGAAAAAACAAUUUUUUUUCUCUCCCUUCCCCCUUGAAAAAUUACCUUGUGGAUCCUUGUGCUAAAACAAAGUUAAUCAGCCAGGUGUAAAAUUUCGGCUAAUAUGUCGAAAAUAGAAAUGAAUGAGCCAAUCAGGUUGAGGAUCGUUUACAAGUUCAACCCCACUUGAGUAUUAUUGGGCUUAUAAUUAUCUCUUCCUCGAUCAAGUUUUCACGCCAUUUUAGAGGGCGAUUCUUUUGAGCUUACAGAGCUGGCCUCCAUUGUCCAGGCUGGUAAUUCUAUCGAUCACAAUGGCAGGGCUUGUAAAACCAAAGAAACGCGAAUGGAAAGAAACUAACAUGGCGCUUUUUGGAAGCGACACCGAAAGGGAAGUAAGUGCAAUGUGAGAUGUAGGGUCUAGUGAGGUUUAUAAUGUAUAUAUAAUGCAAUGUUGAAUUUUCUUGCGAAACUGUCCUUAGGAAACACCCUACAGCCGACACUAUCCAAGGAUAUAAAAACAAAAUAGCCAUAAGUCCUUAUGAAGGUGCAUGGGUCUUGUACGUACUUGCAAGAAUAUGCAUUAUAAGUACCGAAGUUUCACAUUUUAACGCGCUUUUCCAGUUGCUUAUAACACCAGCUUUGCAAAUUAGACCACCUGCAUGACACUAUGUAAACUGUCCGGCAGUGGCAUCAUUGGCGUUUGUUAUAAAUAUAAUAAAGGUUUUUGCGUUAGUCUGUCUGUUUGUUAAAAAGCCAAAUUAUGCAAAUAUUAGCCUCAAGAUAAUGUUGAUCUUAAAAACUCCUUGGUGGAUUAUAAAAGCUCUUAUGCAUGUUUACGUAAGACGAGCAUAUUUCAACACUCGUUUUGAAAUUGUAACGAUUCCCAACGCGGUGGAGUUGAAAAGAAUACCCAUGUAGAAAUGCAAAUGUGAAGAGUUUUGAUCAUAAGCAAAGCCUGGCAGUCACAUUACCUCGUCUGACGUUUUGUAUAAGGGAUUUCAAUUCAGCGUCUUAGCGCUGAACUGAUCUUACUGAUGCCACACCUUUUCGCUUUCAAUUUGAACUUGCUAACAAGUUCCGGCAAGGAUGUAAGAAGGAAAAGAGCUCACUCCCGUCCCCUCCCCCACCUCGAGAACUUCUAGGACCAUGAAAAUAGUGCAUUUAAACUUUCGUUUUUAUCAGUAUUCUGAAAGGCUGGAUGAUUUCUUAAUCAGAUUUAUUUCCGGUUUGCCCAAGGAAGUAAUUGAGAAGAAAGAAGAACAUCAUAAUCGCACCUGUCACGCGAUGAGUAGAUUUCGUGAGCUCGCGUUCUCUCCCUCAUUUUAA